CUUACGUCGCUAAGUAAAAAAGUGACGACUAGUUUUCGACCACGCCGCUCUGCCAUUGCCACACAAGAAAAUCUCCUAAAACUUACCUUCAUUCACAGUCUCUCUGUAAUCAGCUAACCAAACCAGUAAAAUCUUGCAUCUCUAAUGGCGGCUUUAUCAUCUAUAGCAACGCUCGUACCUUUCAAUAGGAUUACAAAUGGUGCAAAGCGGCCUUAUAAGUUAAUUCCGGUCUCCGCAAAGUAUGGCGUCCGUUCUCCGUCGUUUUCAAGGAGAGGAUUUAGAAUAUUUAGUUCGGCUGCUGCUGAAGUUGGUGGAAAUGGAGGUGUUUCUCAGAUAUCUCAACUUGAAACACCACCGCGGAUUUAUAAAUGGCCUGAUAAUAAUAAGCAGCCGAGGGUGUGUAUCCUAGGUGGUGGAUUUGGAGGCUUAUAUACUGCAUUAAGACUUGAAUCACUUGUAUGGGCUGAUGACAAGAAACCGCAGGUUCUUCUUGUUGACCAGUCUGAACGUUUUGUUUUCAAACCGAUGCUAUAUGAGCUGCUAUCUGGAGAAGUGGAUGCAUGGGAAAUUGCUCCCAGGUUCUCGGAUUUGCUCGCAAACACUGGCGUGUUAUUUUUGCAAGACAAAGUGAGACUUCUGCAGCCUUCUGAUCAUUUAGGCACAAAUGGAUCAUCAGGAUCUAGUUCUGGGGGAACUGUUCUGCUGGCAAGUGGCCUUCUUGUUGAGUAUGACUGGUUGGUUCUUGCUUUGGGAGCUGAAAGUAAACUUGAUGUCAUACCUGGAGCAGCAGAAUUUGCAUUUCCAUUUUCUACCCUGGAGGAUGCAUGUAAGGUUCAAUAUAAACUCAAUGCCCUUGAGAGAAGAAACUUUGGCAAAGACUCCCUGAUUCGUGUGGCUGUUGUGGGUUGUGGUUACUCUGGAGUUGAGUUAGCUGCAACUAUAUCAGAAAGAUUAAAGGAUAGAGGGGUAGUCCAAGCAAUUAACACAGAAACCAAUAUUUGCCCAACUGCACCUCUUGGCAAUAGGGAAGCUGCCCUUAAGGUUCUGUCAUCCAGGAAAGUCCAGCUUUUCUUAGGUUAUUAUGUUCGCUGCAUACGCACAGUGAAUGAUCUCGAAACUUCAGCGAUGCCAGCAGAGCUUGGUGCAAAUCAGAACAUUGUACCAGAACAAAGUUCUGAGAAAUAUCUUUUGGAACUUCAACCUGCUGAAAGGGGAUCACAAAGUCAAAUUCUUGAAGCAGAUCUAGUAUUAUGGACUGUCGGAUCUAAACCUCUGAUAUCUCAAUUGGAAUCUGGACAUAAGCCUCAGGACCUUUCCUUAAAUGGUCGAGGACAAGCAGAGACAGAUGAAACACUACGUGUUAAGGGCCAUCCACGGAUAUUCGCACUUGGUGACUCUUCUGCUCUUAGGGACCCAAGUGGAAGGGUUCUUCCUGCAACUGCUCAGGUUGCUUUUCAGCAAGCAGAUUUUGCGGGUUGGAAUAUUUGGGCUGCAAUCAAUGACCGACCAUUGUUGCCGUUUAGGUUUCAGAAUCUGGGUGAGAUGAUGACUCUGGGUCGAAAUGAUGGUGCUAUUUCCCCGAGUUUCAUAGAGGGACUAACCUUAGAGGGUCCUAUUGGUCAUGCUGCCAGGAAAUUGGCAUACUUGAUUAGAUUACCAACAGACGAACACCGAAUUAAAGUCGGGAUCAGCUGGCUUACAAAGUCAACUAUAGAGUCGGUUGCAACGAUACAAAGCACCCUAGCUAAGGCUCUUUUAGGGUCAUAGGUGCGCAUGUUUGAUUCUCAUUAGCCUUAAAAAUUGCUAGUUGUAAAACUUCUCAACCAAGUGGCAUAUCACAUUCCUUACAAUAAUUAUUCUAAUCUCGAGAUGCCAUUGAAAAUGGUAAAUUGUUGGUUUUUGUUAGUAAUUUCUUGAGCAGAUACCUGAGGGAAAUUCAUGAGCUAUGUAUUGCAUCUGGCUAUUAAGUAGCAAAUUGUGAUCACAGUGCACAAAGUUCUGUGCUCUACGAAGUGAAAGAGGUUCUAUAUCUAUCUAUUUCAUAGGGUGGACCUCUGAUUUGCAGCA